AUGUCAACCUCCCCCGACGGAAUCUACGAACCAGGCAUCGUCGACCCCGGUCUCCCUGGUAAAUCCCCAACACAGCCAUUCUGGCUCUCUGAACCGUCCAGGAUAAGCAACCUCCAAUCACCAUGGAUCGACCAAGCCGACAUCAUCAUCAUUGGCUCUGGCAUGACAGCGGCAAGUCUCGUCCGCUCGUUAUACGCCCGUAAGCCGAAUCUGAACAUCGUCGUCGUCGAAGCCCGCGGUCUCUGCUCCGGCGCAACAGGUCGUAAUGGGGGGCACUGUAAAGUCAUGAGCCCCGGUGUUUGGUUCGAGAGACAGCAGGCAUACGGCACGGACGAGGCACUGCGCGUCAUGCGCUUUGAGCACGGCCAUCUCGACGAGCUGGUUAAGUGCGUCAGGGAGAAUGGGAUCCAGUGUGACCUGCGGCUGCAUGAGGGCGUUGUUGUCUACCACGACGAACACACUUUUAGUCGUGCUAUCCGCGCACUCGAGGAUAUGCGCAAAUACGCACCGGACCUUGCAGAGAAGUAUACCGUAUACACCAACCGAGCGGACCUCGACGCCCGGCACUGCCCGGCGAAAAGCGUCGGCGCGAUCGGGAUGCCAUCAGGCUCAGUGUGGCCGUAUAAACUCGUAACCGGGCUCUUGGAGAGAUACGUCCGCGACCACAGUCUAACCAUCCAAACAAACACCGUCGCCACAGACGUCCACGAGAAUCCAGACUACGGCACAGUGAAAACCACACGAGGAGACAUCAAAGCACCGAUCAUCAUCCACGCCACAAACGCCUGGAUGAGCCAUCUCGUGCCGGAACUGCAGCCGUUCGUCUCGCCGGUUCGUGCAAAUGUCCAGCGCCAUGCCCCAGACUCAAACAUCCACGUCGACAACUCGCUUUGGCUGCGCUACGCCGAGCACGACUACGAUUACAUGGUACAACGCCCAGAUGGGGCAUUCAUAAUCGGCCGCGCGAACACAGGCCGCCGCGCAACAAGCGAUGACGGGAACAUGGACGUUCUACCCCAAACCCACCUCCGCACUGUCGUCCCCGCGCUAUUCGACUUCAAGACUCGAAACGUGCAAGUCACGCACGCCUGGAGUGAGUGCGUUGCAUUCACGCAGGAUGGAAACCCGUUUAUAGGGAAGUGGCCGGGACAGGAGAGGAGGCAUCAGUGGGUUUGCGGUGCGUACCAGGGAAUCGGCAUGGUUAGGGCGUUUCGAUCAGCCCAGGCUCUGGCUUGUAUGGUUUUGGGCCUGAAUGUGCCAGUGGAGUUUCCGCGAUCGAUGGUUAUAAAUACGGAGAGGCUGAAGAGGUUGGAUUUGUCGGUUAGGGCUAAGCUGUAG